UAGACAUUAAAAUAUAUUGAGAGAGAGAUCAGAUGGGUAGGGCUCCUUGCUGUGAGAAAAUUGGAUUGAAGAAAGGGAGGUGGACUUCAGAAGAGGAUGAGAUCUUGACCAAGUAUAUACAGUCUAAUGGAGAAGGGUCUUGGAGAUCAUUACCCAAAAAUGCAGGAUUACUGAGGUGUGGGAAGAGUUGUAGAUUGAGAUGGAUAAACUACUUGAGAGCUGACUUGAAGAGAGGUAAUAUCUCUUCUGAGGAAGAAGAUAUCAUCAUCAACCUGCAUUCUACAUUAGGCAACAGGUGGUCCUUGAUAGCUAGUCACUUGCCAGGAAGAACAGACAACGAGAUAAAGAACUAUUGGAAUUCUCAUUUGAGCCGAAAAAUUCACACAUUCAGAAGAUGUAAUACUACUCAUCAUAUUCAUCGUGAUCAAGCUCCUACUACUCUCCCAAAUCUGGUGGCUAUAACCAAAGUAAACCUUCCAACCCCAAAGCGAAAGGGUGGUCGAACUAGUCGUUUAGCCAUGAAGAAGAACAAAUCAACUAGUAAUAAUAAGAACAACAACAGUAAUAAUAUCAUCAAAAACGACAUCGUAUCAUCAUCAUCAUCAACAACAACAACAUCAUCAACAACUACAGCAACAUCAUCAUUUCAUAAUGAGAAAGUUACUGUCACUGAUCAUAUUAAUAAUCUUGAUGAUAAGCAGAAACGACAAUUAUGUCGUUGUCGUUUAGAAAAAGAAGAAGAAGAAGAAGAAGGAAGUGGUGGUUGUGGUGAGACAGUAGUAAUGAUGCUAGGGUCAGUAUCUCCUGUUCCUACUACUGCUACUGCUGCUGCUGCAGCUGGGGGCUCGUCAAGUUGUGAUGAAGACAUGUUGGGUGGUCAUGAUCAACUGUUGUUGUUGUGUUGUUCUGAGAAAAAAACGACAGAAAUUUCAUCAGUGGUGAACUUUAAUAAUAAUAAUAAUAAUAAUAAUAAUAAUAAGGAAAAUGGUGACGAAGUUUCAGGACCGUACGAUUAUCAUCAGCAUAAAGAAGAGGAAGAAGAAGAAGAAGAUGAUGAAGCAUCUGCAUCAGCAGCAGCUGUUGAUGAAGGGAUGUUGUUGUGCUUUGAUGACAUAAUAGAUAGCCACUUGCUAAAUCCAAAUGAGGUUUUGACUUUAAGAGAAGAUAGCCUUAAUGAAGGUGGGGCAGCUGAUCAGAUAGACAAGACUACUUGUAAUAAUACUACUAUUACUACUAAUGAUGAUUAUAACAAUAACUUGAUGAUGUUGAGCUGCAAUAAUAACGGAGAUUAUGUUAUUAGUGAUGAUCAUGAUGAUCAGUACUGGAUAGACGACGUCGUUGGAGUUGACUUUUGGAGUUGGGAGAGUUCGACUACUACUGUUAUUACCCAAGAACAAGAACAAGAUCAAGUUCAAGAACAGAAGAAUAUGUGGGAUAAUGAGAAAGAGAAACUGUUGUCUUUGCUAUGGGAUAAUAGUGAUAACAGCAGCAGUUGGGAGUUACAAGAUAAAAGCAAUAAUAAUAAUAAUAAUAAUAAUAAUAAUGUUCCUAACAAAUGUCAAGAGAUUACCUCUGAUAAAGAAAAUGCUAUGGUUGCAUGGCUUCUAUCCUGAUCAUUCAUGAUAUCAUGCAUCAAAAUUUAGAUAUUAAUUAUGUAUUAAUAUAUGUAAUAAAAUGGUCUUUCCUUAAUUAAAAAAAUUAUAAGGAGAAGAUCAAUUAAUAGGUGAGAGUAGAAGCUUGAAGUCUUGUUCUAAUAGCUUAGUUUGCGAAGGUAAAUAAAUAAUAAUAAUAAAAGUAAUAAAAGUUUUGUGGUCA